GUUGCCUCGCCGCUCCGCGUUCUUUCCUCCUCGCCGCGCCACCGUCGCUGGCCGAGAACGCCGUGGAUGAUGCUUCAUUGCAAGCCCAACUCCACCUUGACAGCCCUCUUCUGCUGCGGCCGCCGCACCUUCGCCGUCGCGCCAUCCGGCCGGCCCCGCCACGCCAUCUCGCUAUGCUCGCCGGACGAGUACACCUUCCCUUUACUUCUCAAGGCCGCUGCUGCCUCGGCGCGCGGGAGCGCGCUCGAGGGCCAGAAGCUCCACGCCCGCGUCUUCAAAUUCGGCUUCUCCUCCUGCGUCUACGCCUCCACCGCGCUCGUGGAUUUCUACGCCAAGGCCGGCGACGUGGCCUCCGCGCGGAAGGUGUUUGACGCAAUGCCGCGCCGGACACCGCCUUCCUGGACGGCCAUCAUGGUCGGGCACGCUAGGAGUGGAGAUAUGUUGUCGGCGGUAGAAGUCUUCUCUUCGAUGCCGGACAAGGAUACGGCGGCGUACAAUGCCAUGAUAGAUGGGUUCGUUAAAGCCGGUGAUGUUCCGUCUGCACAGAAGGUGUUUGAUGCAAUGCCAGACAAGAACGUUGUUUCUCGGACUUGCUUGAUGCACGGUUACUGCAUGGCUGGGAAUAUGGAGGCUGCUAGGGAGUUGUUUGAUGCGAUGCCGCGAAGGAAUUUACACUCUUGGAAUGUGAUGAUCAGCGGCUACUGCCGGAACCGGGAGUCUGGGAAGGCACUGGAUCUUUUUUGGAAAUUGCAGUCUCAGUCGUGUCCAUUUGAGCCAAAUGAAGUCACAGUUGUAAGUGUCAUUCCAGCAAUCACUGAUACUGGUGCUAUGGACCUUGGACGGUGGGUACAUGAGUUCGUUAGGAGAAAGGGAUUAGAACGGAGGGCUAAUGUCGCCACGGCGCUAAUCGACAUGUAUGCGAAAUGUGGAAAUGUAGAUGAAGCUAGGCGUUUGUUUAGCCAGUUGAAGCCAAAGGACGUUACAUGUUGGAAUGCUGUAAUAAAUGGCCUUGCAGUGAAUGGCCAUUCCAGGGAGGCACUUGGUUUGUUUGAGGAUAUGCGAAGAAGUGGGAUUUCCCCUAAUAGUGUGACCAUGAUUGGUGUUCUAUCAGCUUGCAGUCAUGGGGGGCUUGUGGAAGAAGGGAGGCAGUGGUUUCAGGAAAUGGAGGCGCUGGGGAUCAGCAAAAAGGUAGAGCAUUAUGGAUGCAUGGUGGACCUUCUAGGACGCUGUGGGUGUCUGGAUGAAGCCAUGGAGUUGAUUUGCAAAAUACCCUCUGGACCUAACGGGAUAGUGUUAAGCUCAUUGCUCUUUGCUUGUGCAUGCCAUGGUGAUGUGGAGAUGGCAGAGAGAGUGAUGAAGAGCACAGUUGAGAUUGAGCCACUUAACAUUGGAAAUUACAUAAUCAUGAGGAAUCUAUAUGCUGCAAAGAAGAUGUGGCGUGAUGCGCUGAGUAUAAAAGAUGAGAUAAAUAAGCUUGGGGGUAAAAAAGAGGCUGGAUGCAGUCUUGUCGAAAUUGGGAGCAGUGUUUGGGAGUUUGUUUCAGGGGACAGGGCUCAUCCCGAGUGGGUGGCUAUAUGUGACAUUGUCAGGUGCCUUCAAUUGCAUAUGAGGGUUCCGACAGAGAAGGAAUUUGAUUUCACUGGACUAAUUAUCUGAGUACAUGAAAAGUUUCGUGCUAACUGUAGGAGAGGAGAGGAAUGAGGCACUUGAUUCUGACAUAUGACAUGGUCUCUCCCAGGGAGGUUCAAGUGAAGUUUCUGCUUGCAUUGUGGAAUUCUUGGUAUACACAUCAUUUUUAAUGUUCUGACUCAGCAUAUCAUUCUCAAGUUAUGGCUACAGCAGAUGACAUGAAGAGUCAGCCCUCAAGAAUUACCACUUUAUAUGCCACGCUCAGAAUGAAGCAGUUUCACGGAGAACCUUGCAGGGACUAUCAUGUCGACACUACCAUUUGAUUGGAAAGAUCUGUUAUCAUUUCACAGCUGAUGUUUGCAAGCAUCGGACGUGAAAGCAUAUUCUCCAAUGGCUAAAUCGAAAGCAUAUUCUCAAACGGCUAAAUCGAAAGCAUAUUCGCCAACGGCUAAAUUGACUUGCCAGAUUAGGUUUGUUUUGCAACUUUCUAUUGCCUGGAAACAGUACCGGCUAUGGAAUUUCAAAUCUCUGGUAGUCUAUCUCUUUCUUCUGCUCUUGCCCCCCGGGUCCCCCUUCUUUUUUGCGAAUCUCCUCUGCUCUUGAUCUUGUUCUCCAAGUCCACUUUCCAACUGUUUUAUCAUUCAAUCACUCUAUUUACCGCACUGAAUAUAGAUAAAUAACGUGGCGCGUGUUGCGUUUAAUCCUGUGACCUCCCAAUCAUCUACAUUACAAUUUGGCAAAAGGAAACUGCACGUGUACAGACCAACUAAUUGUGCAUAGUGGCAUUGACCAGGCCUGAUUUAGAAAAGGUAACUUACAAAUUUACAAUGUAAUAGCAAACGCUCGGCAUAAACGCUAUCAGUUUCGAACAAGCAAAGUACCAUGUUCCACCUUCAAACCUAAGUUUCAUCGGUACGUGAUAGGGUUAUUGCCCAAAAACAAGGAUCCGCCGAUACGGCGAGUAUAUAUAAAUAUAAAUUUAAUUUUUGUCAAAAUGUAAAAAACUGAAUAUGCUAGAGAAUGAUAUUGAUAGAAAAUUGCAGGUGUCCACGGGUAGCAACAUAACACAAUAAAAUAAUUCAAGUUCAAAGGCUAAAACAUAUUGAUGUGCCUUGGUUCGGCACCUUGAACAGAUGUGCUCUCACUCUACAAUAACUCCUAGGGAUAAUGUGACCACAAUAUAGGCAUUCAGAUCUUGCAUUAUCACCGGAAGCACCAUUCUUCUCAAGCACUUUAACAUGCCUCCGCAAAGUAGUUUUACGCAAUAUUUCUUCAUCAACAACAUUAUUGUCACUAGCAGCAGCUUGCGCACUAGGGGAUGCUGAG